GCCAAUAGCCGCUCCUCGCGGACACAAACUCAGUCUCGUCUCGAGAGUAACGCACAAAGCUCCUGCAAUCCGAUCUUCCUUUGUUGAUGGUUACCUGAGUAACACACGUUUUUUGUCAGCGAUACUGGUUCUUUAUAGUGAGAUGAUCUAAGUGUGUCGAAUCGCAACGCUGGCAACCCACAUGGCUCUGGGACUGAGCUCGGGGCUCUGCUCCGGGAGCACGGGACCGGGAUCCGGGGCGCAUUCGGAGACGUCUUCAUCGCCGGGCAUCAGCGUCCCGAUUCCGGUGGCGCCGGCACCGAUGCUGCCGAUACCGACGUUCGCGUUGCCGACGCUCAAUUUCACCGUCUCCCAGGUGGCGGCCGUUUGCGAAACGCUCGAGGAGAGCGGCGACAUCGAGAGACUCGCGAGGUUCUUGUGGUCCUUACCGGUGGCGCAUCCGAAUACGAGUGAACUGAACAAAAGCGAGGCCGUUCUCCGUGCUAAAGCUAUAGUGUCCUUUCACAGCGGAAAUUUUAGAGACCUCUAUUCAAUUUUAGAAUCGCACAAAUUCACGAAAACGUCGCACGGAAAGUUGCAGGCCAUGUGGCUGGAGGCCCACUAUCAGGAGGCCGAGAAGUUGCGCGGCAGAGCGCUGGGACCCGUCGAUAAAUAUCGCGUACGGAAAAAGUUCCCGUUGCCGAGGACGAUUUGGGACGGCGAACAAAAAACCCAUUGCUUUAAAGAGAGGACUAGAAGUUUGUUGCGCGAAUGGUAUUUGCAGGAUCCUUAUCCCAAUCCGACGAAGAAGAGGGAAUUGGCCCAAGCGACGGGACUCACACCGACGCAGGUCGGUAAUUGGUUCAAAAAUAGGAGGCAGAGAGAUAGAGCUGCGGCUGCUAAAAAUAGGAUGCAACAGCAACAACUGGCAGCCCAACUGGCCCAACACGGCGGCUCGGCGAGACAGCCCGCCCUGAGCCCGACGCCGUCCGACAGCGACUCGGACAUCUCGUUGGGCGCGCAUUCGCCGCCGCUGAGCUCGCCGCUGCAAUUCGGGCGAUCGUCGCCUAAUCCCAUAACGUCGUUCCGGUUCGGCGCGCACUCGCCCGGUCCCAUGCCCGCUCAGUUCCGCUUCGGCGGCAAUCGCACCCCGCCGACGUUCUCGCCCAAUUUCCGAAUCGAACGAUCGAAGGACAGAAACUCGGCCUCGCCCAUCCACGUCGACGGGAAUUCCACGUACGCGGCUGUCAAUUUGAGACUGACCGCCAACGAAAGCCCCAUUGACGUCGACAGCACCGAUAAAGACAGCAGAAAGGUGGAUUCGCCGCCGCAAACGUCCCUCCAGCAUUCGCCGCCCAUGAACCUGCGGAUAGCCGACAAUCUGCGAAUGCAGCACAACGAGAACUCCAAGAUCGAGGCGCCGCUGCCGCUGCGGCUGGGCCACCAGCUGAACCACGCGCAGAUCGCGACGCCGCUGCGGAUCCAAGUGACGUCGGGCGGGCGGCUGGAGGCGCCGUCGCCGCACACCAACCUCCACGGGGGCUACUCGCACGGGGGAAUAGUGCGGAUCGCCCCGCCGAGCCCCAACAACAACGGGCCGGCGUUGCACAGGCCGUUCUCGCCGGCCAGGCUGACGUGAUACCCGCCUUUCGCCUGGAGGAUUUGUGAAUAGGUUGUGUAGUUUAGGUUGCAGGCGUCGCAGAAAAAUCGGCGAGUGCGACGCGUUUUUUUUUCCAGUCGAAUUCGUACGACGGCUUUCGCGCGGUUACUUAAUGAUGAUAAAUUGCGAUGCAACGAUUCAAUUAAAUAGCGGAUGUCGUCCGAUCGCGAUGCGGUAAAGCAGGAUGCAAUAUUGUCGUUCGAAAAAGCAAUAAACAUAAUAUGCAGGUAUACACUUUAAUUUUUGGUCGAAUUAAUUAUGUAGCCUAAUGAGGUGGCGAGGGCGAGGGCGAGGGAGAGUUUAGAAUACAUUAAAAAGAUUUCUAGGUAACUCUUACGUUGAUUUUACAAUUAUGUCAACAAUCAUAAUAUUCUAUAAUAGGAUAGAUCCUUAAUUGUACCUAUUAUUCAAUACGGAAAGAUGAGUCAAACAUUAGAAAACUCAGUUUUCUGAAUAAUUCGUAUAUUCUCAAAUAUUUAAAGGUAGAUUUUGAUAAGUAUUGUUAUAUUACACUUAUUACUAAGUAUACAGUUUUUAUGAUCAAUUUCACAAUUAUCACAUAAAAACUUCCAUAAAAAACAGCAGGAGCUCAUUUUAACUUACAAAUUAAAACUGCAAGUUUUUCCUUUUUUUAAUAGCGUUUGGUAAUGUUUUUUUUUUAUAGUAAAUGAUGAGUACGUUUCCAAUGAUACGAUUCAUUUAUUACUUUUCUUUGUACCUACCAAUAUCAACUUAUACCUAUUAAUUAAACAAUUUUAUGAAACAUAAGGAAAAAGUACUUAUAUGACUAUAUGUGGCUAAUAAAAUAAUUCAUUCGAUUCAAAUUAAUGCUGUUAGAUAAUUUUCUACAUCUGAUCACCAUGCAGUUUUAAUUGGCAUGGAUGAUAUUAAAAAAAUAUUAAAAUGUUACUAAAUAUCAUUGACUAAUUUCAAUUGACUUUUUUUAAACUUUAUAGUGUUCGACAGGUAUAAUGUAAAUGUGACUUGCGUGAUUUCUAAAAAAAAUAUUAAUAUCUACUAUUAGGUAUGUAUAGAAGGGUACCAUAUUUUUUUAUCUUCAAUAGAUAAUUCUUCAGUAAAAAUUCUUGUUCGUGUUCUAUAUCAUUUUAAAUUGACUUUAGUAAUACUAUAAAUAAUUAUUUUUUUGCUUAACUUUAAUGCUUUUCGGACGUAAGGAAGGUUUUUCUGCGACGUCUUUAAAUAUCGUUGCAAUGUAUGUAUGUAUAAUGUAUAUUUAUUCGCUUGUACAGAGAAGUAAGAGUUUCGGGGUAAUGAACUUACUUUUAAAUGUUCAGUGGCAAUUUGUCGAUACUGUCGAUAUUAGAUUAAAAAAAUUGUUGGCCCUAGGAUUUUAAAAUAAAAGAAGAAGGAUUUAUCUAGUCAAAAAGGAGAUCUUUUAUUUCAAAAAUCAAAAUUUGCGUCCUAUUUUCGAACCAGAAAGAGUUCCAUUCUGAAUCAUUAGUUUACAAAGAUGAAUUGGAAUAAAUUUAAUGUAGAUUAACAUUUACAAUUAUCUACAGAGGAAAACUUUUGGUUUUAAAAUGGAAUCAAUUGUGUAGGUACCUAUACUCGUUUUUUUGUAAUUUUUUUGUUUUAAGAAAAAUUUAGUUAGUAUAACAGGUAGGUACUGAAAUUUUUUAAUUUCAGUUUUCUUUUAUCUUAAAAACCAGCUGGCUAAAAUAUCUAAAGCGCGUUUUAAAUGAGGAGCAUUUUAGUCAAUUUAUAAAAAAUGCACCAUGAUUUAUUACUUAAUUUUGUUACUACCGUCGUUAAUUUAGAUUUAUGAAGUAUUCUUCACACACAAUCAUACAAAUGAAAAGAUAAUUUGAGAAAAAAAUAUUUGCUCAAUACACCACAAAUUGAAUCUAUUUUAACGAUGCACCGGUCUGAAGUAAAAAUGACAUUUAAUUUCAUUAGAUGUGUUGCGUAUAUCCAAUUUCGUAGAUGGAAAUCAUGUUAUUUGAUUUAUUAUAAAAUGAUUAUAUAUUUAUAUUGAUUGUCGAUUGUACAUAUAUUGAUGAAACAUAUUAUAC